GCAGCAGCUGACCUUUCCUCGCCUGCGGACCAGCUGUUCGGGAGCAUCCCGAGGAGAGCAGGCACCGCGGAGACUUGGAUCCCCCCGGAGAGCCCCGCGCUGCACCCAGUGCCGCGAUGUCCCUGUUGGAAGAAAGCCGGCCCUUCGCCCAGCAGUUAUCCAAUGUCUACUUCACCAUACUGUCCCUCUUCUGUUUCAAGCUUUUUGUGAAAAUCAGCCUCGCCAUCCUCAGUCACUUCUACAUCGUGAAAGGCAACCGCAAGGAGGCGGCCAGGAUCGCAGCUGAAUUUUAUGGAGUGACCCAAGCCCAAGGCUCCUGGGCCGACCGGUCCCCGCUCCACGAGGCAGCAAGUCAAGGCCGCCUGCUCGCCCUGCGGACGCUGCUGUCACAGGGUUAUAAUGUAAAUGCAGUGACCAUAGACCACAUCACCCCAUUGCACGAAGCCUGCCUCGGAGACCACGUGGCCUGUGCCAGAACUCUACUGGAAGCUGGAGCUAAUGUAAAUGCAAUCACAAUAGAUGGUGUGACUCCGUUAUUCAAUGCAUGCUCACAAGGCAGUGCCAGCUGCACAGAACUUCUCUUGGAAUAUGGUGCCAAACCCCAGCUGGAGUCCUGUCUUCCUUCUCCCACACACGAGGCCGCCAGCAAAGGUCAUCAUGAAUGCCUAGAAAUACUGAUAUCCUGGGGCAUAGAUGUUGAUCAAGACAUUCCUCACUUGGGAACUCCUCUGUAUGUAGCUUGUCUGUCCCAGCAAUUCCACUGCAUCCGGAAGCUUCUUUAUGCUGGUGCUGAUGUACAAAAAGGCAAAUACUGGGACACUCCCUUACAUGCUGCUGCCCAGCAGUCCAGCACGGAGGUUGUAAACUUGCUGCUAGAAUUUGGAGCAGAUAUCAAUGCCAAGAACACAGAGCUCCUGCGACCUGUAGAUGUAGCUACUUCUAGCAGUUUGGUGGAACGAUUAUUGCUUCAACAUGAAGCUACUCCAAGCACUCUUUGUCAGCUUUGCCGACUCUGUAUCAGAAACUACAUAGGAAGACCAAGAUUGCACCUUAUCCCACAGCUCCAGCUGCCAACGUUAUUGCAGAAUUUCUUACAGUACCGAUAAGGCAGUAAAAUAAUUCUGAUUACUUUCAAACUCAUUUCUAUUUCAUCUGCAUAGUGUAUAUUUCAUAUUAAAAUACGCUGAUGAUAGAGUGCAAGUGAAUAGGGGGCCCCAGGCAAGAGGUGAAUUUAAAUUUUAAGUGCACUAGUGAGUACUACUCUUUUAUGCCUUUUUACCAUUUUUUGGACUAGAGCAUAUUUAACAUCCCUAUAUGUUGUUAGCCAUUCCCAUGUGCCUUUGGGAUUGGGGAGGGAGGGAGGCAAAUCUCCAUUUUAUGUCUUUUUAAAGCAAAAAAGAAAAAUGUGAACUCGUACUAAAAUCACAUAUUUAAAAAUGCCUCCAUUCUCCAAAUAAUGCAUUAACUUUUAAAUGUUAGUCACUGUAAUUGAUUAUUUCUCUCUGUAUUUUUCAUAUUAAUGCAAAAUAUGAGUAUGGUUUAGAAGAGAGCAACUAAUUUCCUUUUUGAAAUAAAGCUGUCACCCAGGAGCCCCGGUUUGUUGCAUGUGCACCUGUCGUUCUGAUGAUAAAUUCAUGAAGAGCAAGAUAAAGUGCCCCCUCCCUGCAAAGAUCUCACUGUCGCUUCACCACCCUCAAUGUCCCCAUUCCAGAACCUGGUGGGUCUCCAAUUAUGGCUCCUCCCGGGUCGUCCUGAGAUGGUUGGAACAUUACACCCCUGCCAAGGCUAUUUUAGGACCUCCUCCUUCUCCAGGGUAGCCUCUGAGGGUCUCUCUGCAGUGCUUUUGUACCUACACUCUAGCCUUCUUCCUCCCCAGAAACCAUCGCUGGCUGGUGGUGCCAGGAACGAAGAGAACCAGUUUCAUACCCGAUUGAUAAAGAGGCCCUGGGGGAUGCUCCAGAGCUCAGGGCUGGGGAAGGCUGUGGAAACCGGAAGACCAAAAUCUCCUUAAAUUGUGGGGUUUUCAAAGAAAAGAAAAAGGGGGUGUCUCUUAGCCAACCAAGAGGGACCUUAUAAAAUUUCCCCCAUGCACAGACCUUCCUAGGGCUAUUUCCUGUCCUACUAACACAAAGUGAGGGCUUGGGGUAGGCUGUAUUAGCAAGGGAGUGUAGAGGUCCAACGUGUCCUCUGCAGGGAUUAAUGCUGUGUUUAUUGUCUUCUGCUUUAACUGUACUUCAGGGCAGGAGAAAACACAGUAAAACAAAUUUUGUGCCUCCUUUGCAAUUUACACUAGAUUUGAGGCCAUCACAGACUAAGAAAGAAGAUAAUCCGGAUACUUAACAACUGUGUGAAGUAGAAAAUAUUUUGAUGGGUUUUAUAAGCUUAACAUAUUUUGAUAAAAUAUUUUGACCACUAUUUUAAUAACCCAGGGGCUUAUUUUCCUUUCUUCUUAGUUCUUGGCUGACUUUUGGAGGCCCAUGGGAAAGAAACUAUUUUGAAUGUAACCCCAAAGUCACUAAGAUUGCAUUUAUAAAAAACCAUGUUUAGAUUUUCAAAAAUAGAAAAAGAUGCAACAAAAAUAGAAAUAAGGCUGUAGCACGUUUGUUUAAAAAAAAAGUCUUCUAUGUGGCUACAGAGUUUUAUGAGUCUAUUUCACGAAUAUCUCAGCCUAACAAAUUUGUAAUGUCCUCAUGAAUAAUGUGCAUUUAGUUUCUUUAUUAUAGAGUAACCUCCUUACAUAUGAUUAGGUAUUCAAACUCUUCUAGUAAAACAGGUUUCUUCUAGUAUUUUCCCUGAGCUAGAGGCAGUCUUUAGAGUGUAAGGUAAUAUAAUUCAUCCCUUUUCAUUGUGAUUUAAUAUUAUAAAUAUCAAAUAUUAAAAUUAAAAUUGACACUUUAAAACUUGAGUAUGCUGGUAUCUUGUAUCUUUGCUUGAGUAGGACUGUCUUAUCAAAGAAAUGUUCUAAUUUAAGUAUAUCAUUUGUUUGUUAAUAUAUUAAAGUGUGACUACUCU